AGCCCGAACGUGAGGUAAUACGAUCUUGGGAACCAGAGAUCGUAUACUCACUGGAGCUGGUUCUGCGUGGCUUCCUGUAAGUCACCCACCUGGCUUCCUGGCUUUAUUUAAAUGUAUAUUGUAGUAAGUAAGUUUUAAGCUUCGUGCAUACGCUAGGGACCUAGGACUCGAGUUCUGGAGGCAUGACAGUCUUCAAUCAAGUACACAAAGUUACACACCAGUCACUGGAAUUGAAAGGCUUCAAGGAGACAAAAAAAGAGUCCUGCUUUUGGUUACCCUCCACUGGCCUCAUGGCUUCCAUGCAGAUGGAUCCUGAGUUAGCCAAGCAACUCUUCUUUGAAGGAGCCACUGUGGUCAUUCUGAACAUGCCCAAGGGGACAGAGUUUGGCAUUGACUACAACUCCUGGGAGGUGGGGCCCAAGUUCCGGGGUGUGAAGAUGAUCCCCCCUGGUGUCCACUUCCUUUACUACAGCUCUGUGGACAAGGCCAAUCCCAGGGAGGUGGGCCCUCGGAUGGGCUUCUUUCUUAGCCUGAAGCAGCGGGAGUUGACAGUCCUGCGCUGGAAUGCAGUUCAGGAAGAGGUAGACCUGUCUCCAGCUCCAGAGGCUGAAGUAGAAGCCAUGAGAGCCAAUCUCCCAGAGCUGGACCAGUUUCUGGGACCUUACCCAUAUGGUACACUCAAGAAGUGGAUCUCACUCACCAACUUCAUCAGUGAGGCCACCAUGGAGAAGCUGCAGCCUGAGAGCCGGCAGAUCUGCGCCUUCUCAGAUGUGCUUCCCGUGCUUUCCAUGAGGUACACCAAGGACAGGGUGGAACAGAACCUACCGCUCUGUGGCACCGAGUGCAGAAGCUACCAAGAGGGCUUGGCCCGGCUGCCUGAGAUGAAGCCCAGGGCGGGGACAGAGAUCCGCUUCUCAGAGCUGCCCACUCAGAUGUUCCCAGCAGGUGCCACACCAGCAGAGAUCACCAGGCACAGCAUGGACUUGAGCUAUGCCCUCGAGACUGUGCUCAGCAAGCAGUUCCCUGGCAACCCCCAGGAUGUCCUUGGUGAACUCCAGUUUGCCUUUGUGUGCUUCCUGCUGGGCAAUGUGUAUGAGGCAUUUGAGCACUGGAAGCGGCUCCUGAACCUCCUGUGUCGGUCUGAAACUGCCAUGGUGAAGCACCACGCCCUGUACGUCAGCCUCAUCUCCAUCCUGUAUCACCAGCUCGGUGAGAUCCCGGCUGACUUCUUUGUGGACAUUGUCUCCCAGGACAACUUCCUCACCAGUACCUUACAGGCAUGCCCGGGUGAUUCUAGCUCCUAUCAGAUCGGCCCCUGAGGUUAACCAUCACAUGUGUCUGUUGGACAGAUCAGAUCGUUCUCAUUUUUCAAAUCAAGAAACAAACCUGGUAAGUGGUUGCCUAACAGUUUCAAGGCUCUGGGUUCAAUUCUCAGCACUGGAAAAAAGAAUUAGUACAUAGCGCCCCCUGCCUCUCUGUGGAUGCUGUUUCUCAGAAGGUACAGAACACUCUUCCAGAGCUGCCAUGCUUUUGGAAGGGGCUCUAGUUAGGCAGCAUUUGGAGGACUCACGACUGUAGUGAUGGAUUGUCAAGUGAUGGCUUGAGCCUGUUGUGUUCUACUUCAGAAGAAUUAAACUGCCCUUUUCUGUUCUUGUGGAACAGACGAGUUAAAUCUUUGUUCCACCUCUAGGGGACCCUCCUCACAGCAUCACUGAGCUGCCAGGCAGUGUGAGGCGGAUAUCAAGCGCUAACUUGUCCCCGUUGGUGCAGCUAUGGGAAAUGACGCAGCCCAGGGAGUGAGGUACUACCCUCACGAUGUGAGUGAAUACUGUCACACAAGCACAGGAAGGUCAUGGGAAUCUGCAAAAAAUGCCCAGGGCCCAGCUGGAUUGCUUGAUGCCCGCGUGGGUUGUGUAGGACUGAAAGUUUGAAAAACUCUCUGAACAAGAAAUGUAAUGUCAUUUAGUUGUUUGGGGCCUUUUAUUUUUAGACAAGCUCUCUAGCUCUAGUUGGCUUCAAACUCCCUUUGUAGCAAAAAAUGGCUUUGAAUUUCAGAUCCUGCAUUGUCUGCGUCCCAAGUCUUGGGAUUACAGGUGUGUGCCAGACACCCAGUUUAUGGGAUACUGGGGAUAAAACGUGGGGCCUCACCUACUUACUGAGUUAUACCAGCUGAUGCCACUGCUGGAGAAUGUUUAGGAUAUAUGCCUUUAUAACACCACACCAGUAAGUGUUCUUGAACAGCCGUUAUGUACUGCAUCCCACUGCAAUUGUCGAGGAGUGCAAAUAGGACUUAGCUAGGGUUCCUGCCCUCCAGGGCUCACUGAUUUAGGAGGACUAACUGAGCACCUGCUAUAUACACGAUUUUGUUCUAAGUAAGUACACUUGAACAAGAGUGUCAAAAGUCCCUGACAGCAAGAAGUAAACAGAUGAUUUAAGUGAAGAAUUACCGGUAGUGGUGUUACAGGCCUGCCCUGUCCCGUGGUCAGAGCUCAGGCCUUGGUCUCUCCUAGACUACAUCAGCCUCUGUGCUCAGCUCGUUAAACCAUCUGCUUCCUGCACUGCUGCCUCUGUUGCUCCAAAAUGUAGCUCUGAUCCCAUUUCUCAGUGGCUCUCAAUUGCCUGGGAAGUGUAAGGUGCCGGCCUUGGCCCUGAGGCUUGUUACUGGGCUCUCGGCCUUGUCCCCAGCUACUCUGUUCUCUCAUCACCGCAAGCCCCAGACAGGCCACACUGUUCCAUGCCGCUUCCCUUCCCUCCCCUCCCCUCCCCUCCCCUCCCCUUCCCUUCCCUCCCCUCCCCUCCCCUUCCCUCCCCUCCCCUCCCCUCCCCUCCCCUCCCCUCCCUCCCCUUCCCUUCCCUUCCCUUCCCUUCUCUUCUCUUCUCUUUCUUCUCUUCUUCUGAGAUGGGAUCUUGUUUUGUUUCUGAGGCUGGCUUUGAACUCCUGGACGUACGUGACUGUCAGUCUAAGGAACUAGAACAUACACACGAGCACUGUGCCUGGUCUCCCUUUGUUUUAAUUUUAAAAAGCACGUCCUCUGAGUCUGACUUCCUCUGUCAGCACAUUUGAAAAUGUUCAAAGCCAUAUUGACUAUAGCUUGUUUUUAGAGUGUUCCCUGGAACUUCAUAUAACUGAAACUUUACAUCCAUAUGUCUGCCUCCUGGGCAGCACCUGAGUCUCCUCAGCCUGCCCUGUCCUUGCCCGUACUCUGUCUGUGUGAGGCCGUCCCUUGUCUCUGCCUCCUUCGGUGCCCUCAGCCUGUUCCAUACUUGCCACUAGCAUCCUGCAAGGAUCUUGAAGCUAAUCCAGCGUUUCCCACAAAACUAUAGACCUGCAGUUUUUUCUCAUUGGUCAUUUUCAACACCUAGUCAACACCUAACACUUUACAUUUGACCUGUGUUACUACUUGUUUUUUUCACAUGUAAAGUGUUGAUAAUUCCUUUGAUAAUGCAGAUACAUGUGUAAACAGUAAAGUCUGAGUGGCACAUGUCCUUAAUUCCAGCACGUGGGAGGCAGAGGCAGGUGGAUCUCUGCGAGUGCCGGCCUGGUCUACAUAGCAAGUUCCAGGAUAGACAGGUCUACAGAGAAACUCUGUCUCAGAAAAUAAAAAGCAUUCAUACACAGAAACAGUAAAGUGUUAUAAAGGGCAUUGAUGCAUCAAAAGGGAGGGGCAGAUUAUGGCUGGGGUUAAUAUUGAGGGGCUUAAGGGAUUCAGACGAGCUUUAUGUGGGGGAUAUUGAUAUUUCAAAAGCACAGUUGGGACUAGGAUAUUACAAAGCUUUUUUUUUUUUUUGGUUCUUUUUUUCGGAGCUGGGGACCGAACCCAGGGCCUUGCGCUUCCUAGGUAAGCGCUCUACCACUGAGCUAAAUCCCCAGCCCCCCCUUUUUUUUUAAAAUGCAGCUCAGUUGGUUCUUUCCUCACAAGGACAAAGUCCUGGGUUCCAUCUCCGAUACCACAUUACCACUAGCAUCCUGCAAGGGUUGCGCUUCUUGAAGUUAAUACAGCGUUCCCCACAAAGAUGUUUUUUUAACACCAUCUUGGCAGUGAGAAUCUGAUCCCCCAUGCAGAGGCACUCACUUGGGGAGUUUGUAACUGAAUGAAUCAGGCCUUAAAAGCUUCCUCAGCUUGCUGUCUCCUCUCUCCUCAGCUCGUCAAGUGGAGCUAACUUCCUUGCUUAGGCACAUAAAUGUCUGCUGUUUGUGGAGAGGGACUGGUAUGUGUGUGUAAGCACUUACAGACAUUAAAGACAGCCACAUUAGCAUGGAUAAAAUCGGCACCAUAAUGGCCUCAGCCAUUGAUUUUUUUUCUCCAACCUUCCCAUGUGAGACACUUGAAUAAAUGCCACAGGCUUUUAUAAAUCCCUUGGAUUUGGCUCAAAUAAAAAUGAUUUGUUUUACAAAAAGGCUUUUUUUCUCUUUCAUUUAAAGCAACUUAACUCACCAUAAUUUCUUUAAAGUCAAUGAAAAGAUAAUCUGGAAUUAAUAGUGUGUUGGAAAGCGCUGUGCACAGAACAAGGGCUCUGCCCCGCCCACAUCGUGUUUAGGCACAGUUACACACCUGUGACCUUGUGUUGUCACACAGCUCUACAGGCGAGCUUCCUGCUCUGCCUCUGUUCUGGGCGCUGUCUCCAGCAAUUGUGUCUGUAGGGUUUUGUUUUUGCUUUGUUUUUUGUUUUUUGUCUUAUUUUUACGGUGGGUGAGGUUUAGUUUAUCUCAUGCUAGCGUCAAACUCACUAUUAAUGUACACGAUCUUUAACUUGUGAUCCUCCUGCCUCCACCUCCCAGGUGCCAGGUUUCCUAGCAUGUGCUACCAUGUGCAGGUAAUGUGGUAUUGGAGAUGGAACCCAGAACUUUGUCCUCGUGAGCUGCACCCCUCGUCUCAAUAACACCUAUAACGUUUUCAUAGUAAACUUUAAAAAAUUAAUGUGUCUGGGAGUUUUGCCCACAUGUAUGUUUCUGUACCAUUUGCAUGCCUAGUGCCCAUGGAGACCAGAAGAGGAUGUCUGGUUCUCUGGAAUUGAGAGUUAUGGACUGCUGUGGGCUACCAUGUGGGUGCUGGGAGUCACGCCAGAUCAUCUGGAAGAGCAGCCAGUGGUCUUAACCACUGAGCCAUCUUUCCAACUUCAGAUCAUAAACCUUUCUACCUCCUUCUGCCACUGACUGUGGCUUUGUAUGCUCAAUGUGCAUUGUCUCGUUUAGCUCUCAAAACAGGGCGAGACGUUGCAUAUACGGCCACAUCAUACGGUACAUGCCUAAUGUUUUCAUUUACACUCAUAGAACCAGGGCUGACAGGGCUGAGAUCUGGAUCUGAAGUCCAUUGUAGGAGAGCACACAUUUAUCAUUAUAGCUCCAGUGGAAACAACCCGAGUUUUCUGAAUUGAGCUUGGAAGACAAGAUUCCAGGCUGGGGACAAGGCUCAGCAGAUAAAGGUGCUUGCCACCAAGGCUGCGACUUAAGUUUCAUCUGAGAACCCCACGUGGUGACUCCACAUGCAUGCUGUGUGCACAUGUAAAUUAAGUAAGUGUAAGUUUUAGAAAAAUCAUUAAAGACAUGAGGCCAGGCAUGCUGGUACAUACCUCGGGAGGCAGGGCAGGGGCAGGGGCUCUCUCUGAGUUCCGGGCCAGCCUGGACUACAUAGCAAGUUCCUUGUCAGCCAGGACCACACAGAGAAUCUGUUGUAAAGAAGCAGUGAGCCGGUGCUUUUCACUCUGACUCACCACUACCCCAGUGCAGUCGUCUUUAAAACCACUCGGGUCACAGAGAUAACACUGUUCUUCUGGCCAGCUUCUUUUCUGAGUCAGUCACUUGAGCAGGUCUGUUAUAGCUAAGGAAGUUUCUUUCCUGGACUAGCCAUAAAACUAGGAUAAGAUAGACUCAGCUAUCCUCUGUGAUGCAGUCACUGUGCAGACCCCAAGCUUUGUGUUUGAAAAGCAUUAAUAUGGGGUUGGGGAUUUAGCUCAGUGGCAAGCGCAAGGCCCUGGGUUCGGUCCUCAGCUCCAAAAAAAAAAAGAGGAAAAAAAAAAAAAAAAGAAAAGAAAA